AUGCUAGUAACUGUGGUUACUAGUAUUCGGUGUGAGGCUCCCUAUGUAUCCUGUGAUCGCCAUCUACUAGGCAAUAUCUACCAAUGCACUGAGGAUCCAAAGUGUCGUCGUACAUACAUGAGUCAACGUGAUCUUGAAGCCCACAUCAAGCAUCGUCACAAGAAGCCCACCAAAGUUGCUCUCCCUUCAUCAUCAAACCAAGUCAAGGUCCCUCCUCUCCCCUCCGUUAUUAGAUCACCACCCCAGGCAAGCUACUCAAGUAGUUCGGUAAAACUACAAACUAACUUUAGUGUUCCACCACCACCUCCCCCACCAUCUCUACUUCUUUCUGGCGGUCCGACGACUAAUGCACCACCACCAUCACAUCCUCACAACGCCCUCUUAGUUGCUCCGCCCCCCAGUCAUCCAAUGGGUAUGGGAACUACCAAUACGGGAGCCGGAGAUUUCGCCACAAUAGCAGCCCUGGCCGCAGCUAUUCAAGCAAAUCCGAAUGCUUUAGCUGCUUCUUUAGCCGUAGCUGGAGGCUUAAAUGUAAGUUCCAUUGUGUAG